CGUGUCAUCCUGCGAUAGAUCAUAGGCUACAUGUUGUUGCUCAACACAGCAGUUUCAGUAUUUGUUACAAAUUGGUCUUGUAGCAGGGCACCACACCUCAUCAUGCUAACAUGUACCACCUCUUUCCCAUCCCUAGAUGGUUUGGCUGAUGACCUUCUGGGGUUCCCUCCUUCUGGGCAUGGACCUGGGCAUUCCUGUCGGCUUGGCAGCUGAACUCAUCGCUCUGGUCUUCCGGACCCAGUUCCCCCGCUGUUCUCUCCUGGCUAACAUCAGUGGCACUGACAUCUACAGGGACCGCAAGGACUAUCAUAAUAUCUUUGCACCAAGUGGCGUGAAGAUCUUCAGAAUCUCCUCACCGAUCUACUUCGCUAAUGUUGAAUUCUUCAGAAACAAGCUAAAUGAAUAUCUUGGGUUUAACCCUCUGAGAGUCUUACGUAAGAGGAACAAGGCCUUGCAGAAGAUCAAGAAAUUGCUGAAAAGCGGCAAAUUGCAAAUAACAGAGAAAGGGCUGUUAUACAUGACCUCCUAUUCAAAUGAGGACUCGGAUGAUGAAGGUAACACAGAGGAUCUAGACCAGCCCAGCGACUACAAGGACCUGCCCCUUCAGGUCAACUGGAACGCUGAAUUACCAGCCGACAUUCGAGUGCCCAAGGUCGACGUCCACAGCGUGAUCUUGGACUUUGCAGCAGUCUCAUUCUUAGACAUCUCUGGCAUUAAAGGACUCAAAUCGGCCCUGAAGGAACUUAUCCGAGUGGAAGUAGAUGUUUACAUCGUAGCGUGUGACAGGUACGUCCUGGAGAAACUUCACAGCUGCAGCUUCUUCGAUGACGAAAUCAAAACGUCCAUAUUUUUCCUGUCACUUCAUGACGCCAUGCUUCACGUCCUGGAGAAUCAACCAAUUAUCCUGGAGCACAACACCUUAAACAAAAAGGUAUCGUGUGUCUCGCCAGCAGACCUAUAUGCGCUCUGCGCAUUUCUGAUUCAGGCCCUGUUUCCAUUAUACGGUCAAACCGCCUGCUAACAACUGCAGUUAACAUGUAAACACAAUAAAAC